CGAUCUUGAAGGAGGGGCAACUGUAAACAACGACCGGAACUUUUAUAAGGUUGUUCCACCAGGUUACCCAUAGCAGAUCAUACUAAGGCCCUGAGCGAAGGUUGGUAUCCGUACAAAAGGUCAUUAACUUCAUCGAUCAGCAAUCGACCCCGCCCUUCAUCUGCAGCACGUGUGCGUGACUUCUGUGGCCAGCAGCAAGCGAGGCCCAGUAUAUCGUCGAGCCAAGAACGACCAUGCAUCGUUAGCAGCGUGCGAUUCCGCGUAUUGUGGCGAUGGGGAGUCUUUCCUCGAGCCUGCGCUCUUCCUCUCUACCCCCAUUCUUCGUCAGCUCGAUCAACCAUGGCCCUCGUCAAGGCGAUCAUCGCAGCGGCCGCUUUGUCCACCUUGGGCGCUGCCCAGACGGACGAUGAGGGCAUCACCGUCUACGCUGCAGCGGCGUACGUUGUGCAUGGCGACAAGACACCUAGUCUCGGCUCCCUGCACGAGACUCUGACGCCACUUGGGGCACAGCAGCUCUAUCGCCAGGGCAGCGCCUUUCGCAAUCGCUACACAAACGGCACAUCUGCCAUCGUGGGGCUAGAGAAGGAUUACAUCGACAAUCAGCAGGUCGACGCUCUUGUAGCUGAUGACGAGUGGGUUGCUGCGGGUGCCCUCGCCUUCUUCCAGGGAUUAUAUCCACCCAACAAGGAAGGGUUUAUCGGUGGCCAGGAUCUGGGAAACAAUCUGGUCAGCAAUGGCAGCGACAGCGUAGGCUGGCCCUUGGACGGGUAUCAGUAUCCUCUUUUGCAGACACUGUCCUCGAACGACAGCGCGUCUCCCGCUGUACGAGGAUCGAGCGACUGCGACACUUGGGAGGAGAAGACAGACAAGCUAAAGGACAGCUCAGAUAUCAAGCAGCUCACCACGAAAUCGGCCUCCUUCUACAAAGACCUCUUCUCCUCGGGGCCGCUCAAAGGCACAGUCAAGGACGACUAUGCCACCUUAUGGAACGCCGUGGAACUUUACGAGCUCGUGUCUUACAUGUACACUCACAAUCAGACCGUCCACGACAACCUCGACAACGCGAACGAGACCAUCUCGCAACUCGAGGACUAUGCCUUCUCUCUAGCUCAGGCGAAGAACCAAGAUCCCGAUGACGAGGACGAGGAGGCCAAGGCUCUGUUCAACAUUGCUGGACGCACGCUCGCGACGGAAGUCGCCAGUCAGCUACAGCGCAAUCUCGGGUCGCAGGGAGAUCUCGCCAAACUCAGUGUCCUCUUCGGUUCCUACGAGCCACUCAUGGCCUUUCUUUCGGUAGCCAACGUGUUGACUAGGGAGAACACCCUCUCCGGUCCUUUCACGACUCUACCCAAGCCAGGCGCUGCCAUGAUCUUCGAGCUCAUCGGCGACACCCCUGACGAUUCCUCUAAGAUGCCAGACGCAACUGAUCUGCGUAUCCGUUACUUGUAUCGCGCGAACGCGGAUGAGGACGAGGCAGUCCAGGGCUUUUCGCUCUUUGGAUCAGGAUAUGGGGGCAAGAGCAUCCCUUACACUGCGUUUGAACGCGAGAUGAACGACAAAGGCGCCACGACGGAGGACUGGUGCAAUAUAUGCAACAGCAGCACUCCUUUCUGCCUCAGCAAGUCUUCGGAUGAUGAUGCAGGCGAGGACGACGAAGCGGCAUCGGAUCUCCUGGGCUCCAACUCGAGAAUUCAUCCCGCCCUAGCUGGUCUCAUCGGCGCCGUCGUCAUGGGCGCCAUCCUCGGGAUUGCUGGAUUUUUACUCUUCGCCAUCGGAGGCUUCCGGGUUCGUCGUGCCAGCGAGAGUGAGAGAAGCACCAGUGGCUUUCGAGGUGAGCCCGACAAGGACGUUGCUGUCGGAGCGAGGGGCGUAAGCCAAGAACGCAUCGGCAGCUGGGAGAUGAGGGGCGGUCGCAAGGAAGGAGGCGCGGAGAGCGUGAGGGAUGUCGACGACGGGGGUAGCGUCUUUGGGGCAACUGUGACUAGGCCGAAGGACGUGGUCUGAUAGAUGUUGCUUGGAGCAGCGCAAAAAUGAAUAGUGUGACGCCGUCGCAGAAUAUAGACACAAUGCUCGAUGCCGGUGCUUAGAGAAUACCAUCCCGUUCCUGUUAUUACCAAAGAGCGGUCGUCGCGUGCAUGCCCAGGCUUGUGGAUGAUGCGCUACCUCUCGUGAGAAGAUCGUUGGAUUGGACGGGGUGAUAAAUAUCCUCCAUAUCGCCAAGAGGGGCAUGCUGAAGAGAUUCAUAUUAAUCCGG